AUGCGGAUCUCACUCGAGGCGGCGGCGAAGCGGCGCGCGCAGCUCCGGCUCGGCGCCGCGCCCGGCCGCUCCCGGCGCCCUCUCCCACCCCUUUCCCCCCCGCCCCACCCCGCCCCACUCCCGCCGGCGCGCGCGCCCCCGCGAGGGGCGCCCCCCGCGGGGGCGCGCGCCCGGCCGGCCGCGCCCCGCCACUUACUGAUGCGGCGCGCGGCCGGCGGCGACCCGCCGAGGACGAGCCGGCCACGACCGCGGCACGACCGCGGCACGACAACGACGCGCCCUCGGCGGCUCCCCGCCUCUGCCCGCGCGGCGAGCGGCGGCCGCGCCCACCCAGACGCGGCACUAGCCCGUCCGACGGAACGAUUAACGCGAGGGCGUUCUACGGCGCCGCGUCUCGGUUGGCGCGACCGCUCUCUAAUGGAACGAAAGCUCUUC